AUGUUCAGGCGAUUCUCCAAAAAGAAGCGCACCUCAACAGACAGGGCCAAAGACUACAACUCCUCGAGGUCAGAAGAUCAAACCCCCUCGACAAAAUACACCUACAAUGCAGCUGAGGAGGAAGAAUUCAUUGAACAAAUGCAGAGACAGAACAAGCUAUCCAUGGGAAUUUCAGAGCAGAGGAGAGCAAUAGUCUGGCAAGCUGCAAUGGGUGGGCAAGAUCUGUACCGCUCAAGCGAAGGAACCUAUGCCCAACUUCUAUUAAGAACCUCUGUGUGGGAAUCCCAAAUAAGAAAAGACGUUCCUCGCACAUUAUGCUCGCAUCCCCUGUUCAAGGACCAAGGUGGGUCAGGGCAGAGGGUUCUGUUCAAUGUUCUCAAGGCUUAUUCAGUCUAUGAUGUCGAGCUCGGAUAUACCCAAUCCAUGAAUUUUGUGGCGGCGGUUCUGCUGCUCCACAUGACCCAGGAGGAAGCAUUUUGGAGCUUAGUGGGCCUGCUCAGAGGCGGAGAAUUGGGUGAACCGCUGCGAAAUCUUUAUCUCCCUGGACUGCCCCUUGUGAAUCAGUACUCAUUUCAGCUAUGGAGGCUUCUGCAGGAGCAUCUGUGUGAUGUUGCAGAGCAUUUCCAGCGCCAUGAGGUGAAAACCAUUGUGUUUGCAGCCCAAUGGUUUAUGACCCUGUUUGUUUAUAAUCUGCCUCUUCAUGUUGUGGAGAGGGUGUGGGAUGUGUUUGUGUUUGAGGGGGUCAGAGUUCUUUUCCAGGUAGGCUUGGCUCUUAUCAGGUACCAUGGUCGUGCUCUGCUCCAGUGGGAUUGUGGUGAGAUUGUGGGGGCAUUGGCCCGGUUUCAGGACAUGGAUGCCCAUGUACUCUUGAGACUGGCCACUUCCAUUAGGAUUACCAAUACCCAGUUGGAGGAACUUAGAUUAGAGUACUGGACAAUGAAUAAGGAAACUAGACAUAUGCUUUACUAA